UCCACUUUUCAUAACCAUAAACCUCCUGAUCUGUGAGUUUACAAGAAUCCCUUUUUAUGGAAGUCAAAUAAACGGCUUCCAGAGAAAAUUACGGAAGGUUUGUAAAAAAAUGACAGGAGCCACAAAACAUGUACUCUUUCAUCAGGACAUUCAAGCUGAAGCUGUUGAUUUAUCUACUGGCUCUGACUGCCCUCGCUGUGUUUCUAAAGUCAGACUUCACUGACUGGCUUCAGCUGCAGCUUCAAAGUCAAAGCUUGUGUGCUUGUGAAAAAUGUUUGUCUGAGGAUAACCUGUUGGCCCUUCAUCGCCUAAGGGGACUUGAGGAACCAUUUUUGUCUGUGAAUACCACCCUCUCUGAGGAUGCUUUCAAUUGGUGGAAGCUCAUACAGGGGGAACAAAGAGACUUCUUUUACUACAGAGCAACAGUACAAAAGCUGUUUGAGCUUUUCCCACCCGUAGCUGAUUUAAAAAAACCCAGUUCUGACAGCUGCAGGACUUGUGCUGUUGUGGGAAAUUCAGUUAAUUUAAAAGGAACACAUUAUGGACCGCUGAUAGAUUUCCAAGAUGUUGUUAUGAGAAUGAACGCCGCUCCUAUCAAAGGCUAUGAAAGUGAUGUUGGGACCAAAACAACUCAUCGUGUCAUGUACCCAGAAAGUGCUGUGGAUUUAGAUCAUUCUACACAUCUAGUGCUGUUUCCAUUCAAGAUACAAGAUCUUGAGUGGCUCAUCAAGGCCUUUACAACGGGAUUUUUUGGAAGAUCAUAUGCACCGUUAAAAACCAAAAUAAAAGCAAACAGAGACUUGGUGAUGGUGAUCAAUCCAGCCUUUAUGAAAUAUGUCCAUCAGAUUUGGCUGGAAAAUAAAGGAGACUAUCCCUCCACCGGCUUCAUGGCUUUGAUCCUUGCACUUCAAAUUUGUGAUGAGGUCCAUGUAUUUGGUUAUGGAGCAGAUGACGAUGGAAACUGGAGCCAUUACUUUGAAAUAUUGCCCAUCAAACAGUUUAAAACUGGACCACAUCCUGGUCAACAUGAGUAUGCAGUCAUACAACAACUAGCUAAAAAUGGUACGGUUACAUUUUAUAAAGGACGAUAAGAUCUAUAUUUAAAUUAGGCACACCUAAAACAUUAGAUCUCACGUGAUUUACCUGCAUAAAUAAAGAUGCAAUUGAAAAAUACAAAAUUUGCAUACAGUAUUGAAAAUGCUCAAACCCCUUAGAAUGUAUUGGUACUGGCCUUGUUCACUUAAAGUUUAAGAACCUCUAUUUCUAUUUCUAUGUACAACCAAAGAUUUUAGAAGUCUGGAUAAUGGAAAACAUUUCACCUUCAAAGGAGUUGUCCUAAAUAAUGAAUGCGUUGGGCUUCUUUGAGAAGUUUACAUGUUCAAUAUGGGCAUGGGCCUUUCAAAGUAAUUCAAUUUAAUUUGUAU